CCACUUCAUCUUCAUCUUGCUCUAUACUCCACAAGCAACCACCUGAGUCCUCACGAUGGCCGCCCUCUCCUUGACCCCGACAUUACUGUCCCACUCCGAGUGCCAGUUGAGCUCAGCUUCAUCACUAGCAAAGAAUGAAUCUAGUCGACAGCCCACACUCGGCACGGUUCCGUAUCCGAUCACUUACAAGAUGUUAGGACUUGGCAUCAAUGUGCAAGUACCGAACUUGGCUUCAAAUACUCUGCUCGGAUCCAGAGGUUCAGCUCCUCCAUACGUUAGCCACAUCGCCACCCACAUGUCGUGGAAAGCAACGGUGCAGCCGUGGAAGGGAGAAGAAAAGCUCCGACGUUCAUGCGUGGCGGACUUGCAAUCAAUCGAGCAAGGCUUCCCUGGGAUCGACUGUGCAGCUACCAUCAAUGCAAUGGCGGCCUAUUUAGUAUACGGCUGCGAGCUGGACGAUAUACUCGAAACUAUGGACAUGGAUACAGCAGAGUUGAGUGUGAAACACUGCGUGUCUAUUCUGGCAGGCAAUCCUAUCAGUCAAGGAGAUUCCUUUGGCCAGGCCUUCGACAGACUCGAAGAGAUAACGAUACUGUACUCUCAGCAUAUCAUAAAUCUCCUUGGCCCCGAGGUCGCAGCGGUGAUUUUGCGCGACGUCCAAGUGAUCAUAAUAGACCAGCUCCCCGAGAUUCGAUACAACCGUUCCAACGACAAGCUUAAAAGCUUUUCCUCCUACCUCAAGCUUCGAGAAGGAGUCAUCGGAAUGUUCCCGCUGUUCACAGUUCUUGAGCAUUAUUGCCACGCCAACGACGCGAGUGGCGAUGCCCUAGAAGACUUGGCCCUGUUGAAGACUCAAAUAGUUCAUUUGACUGUUGUUCAAAACGACCUUGGCGGACUAGAGAAGGAUUUCCACACACCAACUCGAAGCAAUAUGGUGUAUGUCUUGGCCGAACUCAAGGGGAAAAGCAUCAAAGGCAAGAGUGACCUCGCCAGCUCUCUAGAUACUCUCCGGGAAGCAGAGACGCAACACAAUGCCUUGGUGUUUGGAGCCAUAGACACAUGGUCCCGAAUACAGCGCAACCCGUACACGGAGGCACAAAAGCGGUUUGCCAACAUGGUUCUGACGCUGGCGUUUACACAUUUGGAGUGGGUACUGGCAACGCAGCGCUACAAUGUGGAUAAGUCUGUCGAGAAGAUAGGCGCGUUCUGUUAA